UUUCACUUAUUUCAGACGGAGUUAUAAUGGCAGAGAGUUCGCUGAUUGCUGAAUACCAGGGCACUCCCAGAAGGAAAAGGAGCAUUGAUAUACCUCCUAGUUAUGCUCUUCCUCUGAGGAUUGUUCUCCUGGGUAAAAGUGUGUCUGAAAACAGCCAUGUGGGAAACUUGAUCUUGGGUCGAUCAGCAUUUGACAGUGAAGCUCCUCCAGGUGUUGUGGAGAGAGUAAGAGGAAGACUGAUAGACAGACACGUGACGCUCAUCAACAGUCCUCAGCUGCUCCACACAAACAUCUCAGAUGAUCAGAUCACACAGACGGUCAGAGAGUGCGUGAGUCUGUCUGAUCCAGGACCUCAUGUCUUUAUCAUCGUACUGCCGCAUGAAGAUGUCACAGAGGAGGACAGAAGAGUCAGAAAUGUGCUCAGACAGUUCAACGAAAAGGCAAUAGGACGAGUCAUCAGGAUCACGACUGAUGAAAAGGUGAAUGAAAUGAUCCAGCAGUUUUCUGCUAGACAUCUACAGCUUGAUAAAACCAUUGAGGAGUGGCGCACUUCAAUAUUACAGCAGAUAGAGAAGAUCCUCAGAAAAGACAGUGAAGAGUUUCUGCCGUGUCAUUCCUUUGAUGUUGCAGAAGGAACAUCUGUGGAUGAACCGGACACCUCGAUUUAUUCACCUGGAACAGGAGAGGAAGAUCCUGAUGAAGAGCAUGCUGGAAAAGCUCUUGAAACUCAUUCUGAGAAGAAAGAAGCAAAAGGUUUUCUUCGCAACAUACCCGCAAUAUCACUUUUCAGUAAUCCAGAAUCAAGAACAGAGCAUGAUCAAGCUAAGGGAAGUCUACAAGUCAUCAAAAAGCAGAAGCUGAACUUGAUGCUGUGUGGGAGUGACGGAAGACUGAAGGCCUCCGUAUCAAAACUUAUAAGAGGGAAAAAGACAUUUCUUCCUCCCUUACAUCAGGAAGAGUGUGUGAGGACAGAUGUAGAUUAUCAUGGUCAUCUGAUCAAUGUGCUGGAGCUUCCAGCUCUCAGUCAACUUUCAGAGGAGGAAGUGAUGCAUCAGACAUUCCACUGCGUGGCUGUCUGUGAUCCUGGAGUUCACGCUUUCCUUCUCAUUAUUCCUGACGCUCCACUGACUCAUGAAGAUAAAGCAGAAAUGGAGGAGAUCCAGAAGAUUUUCAGCUCCAGUAUCAACAAAUAUGUCAUAGUCCUUAUAGUGCAAGAGAAGAGCAUUCUGAGUAAACUUAUUAGUAGAAGUCACAUUACGCACAUUGAUAACUUUAUUCAAGCAUUUGGAGCUCGAUGGUUUGUUUUGGGGAACAGCUCACAGAUUCCUGAUCUGCUGCAGUAUUUGGAGAACAUGAUGCAAGAGAAUAGAGGGAGUUUCUACACCUCUUUCAUGGUCCUUCAGGCUCAGUUAGAGCUGGAGAGAAACAAAUACAAGGCUGAAAUAGAGGAACUGAAGAGAUUCACUCAAUCAACAGCAGAUCCUGAUUGUUCAGAAAACCUUGAAUGUCUGAGGAUUGUGCUGAUUGGGAGAACAGGAAGUGGAAAGAGCGCAACAGGAAACACUAUUCUGGGAAGAAAGGAGUUUCUCAGCCAAUUAAACACAGAUUCAGUGACGACUGUUUGUGAGAAGAAAACUGGAGAAGUUGACGGUCAAUCCGUAGCUGUUGUUGAUACUCCAGGACUCUUUGACACGACACUAACAAAUGAUCAAGUGGUGGAAGAAAUAGUGAAGUGUGUUUCACUGUCAGCUCCUGGACCUCAUGUGUUUGUCAUUGUGGUGAGUUUGGGAAGAUUUAUACAGGUAGAAUCAGACACUGUAGACCUGAUCAAGCAGAUAUUUGGUCCAAAAUCUGCUCAGUUCAGCAUCGUUCUGUUCACCAGAGCAGACGAACUUGAAGAUGAAUCUAUAGAAGAUUAUCUAAAAAGAAGCAAAUCUGCAGAACUCCAGAAACUGAUCAGAGAUUGUGGAAACAGAUUCCUGGCUUUCAAUAACAGAGAAAAACAAGACAAAACUCAAGUGAUGAAGCUGUUAAAGAUGAUUGAAGAGUUGAAAACUAAUAAUCAGAGUGGAUACUUCACUAAUGACAUGUUUGAGGAGGCAGAGAUGUCCAUUAAGAAGAAGAUGGAGGAAAUCAUGAAAGAGAGAGAAAGAGAGAUUCAGAAACAGAAAGAAGAGUUACAAGACAAAUAUGAGAUGGAGAUGAACACACUAAAGGAAAGACUUGAAGAAGAGAAAAGAAAAGCAGAUGAGGAAAAACAACAGAGAGAGAAUGAGUUUAGAAAAAGAGAGGAAAAACUCAAAAAGGAGUUUGAAGAAAAACAAGAAGCAGAACGACAGAAACAAGAGAUGGAGAAACAGAAACUAUUAGAAGAGGAAAAACAGAAAAAAGAAGCAUAUGAUCGAGAAAUUGAGGAGAUGAAGAGAGAGAUGGACAAUCAGAGAUCACAGUAUGAACAACAGCAGAGAGAAAGAGAAGAUGAAGACAGAAAGAGAGAAGAGAAAUACAGACAAGACCAAGACAAGAUGAGAAACGAACAAGAGCAAAUUAUAGCAGAAUUAAAGACGAAACAUGAAGAAGAAACAAAACUGAGAGAUUUAGAGGAGAAGAGGAGGAAAGAAGAAGAAGAGAAGGAGAGAGAGAGAUGGGAAAGGAAAAUAAAAGAGGCUGAAAACGACAGAGAGGAGAUUCAAGAGGAAAUUAAACGACAGCAGAGAGAAUGGGAGGAUGAGAAGAAACGACAGAUGAGAGAACGAGAGGAAGAAGAAAUAAAGAGAAAAGAGAAACACGAAGAACAACUGAGAGAAAAACAAGAAGAACUGGAGAAAAUGAGAAAGAUAUUUGAAGGAGAAAGAGAAGAAGAACGACAGAAGAUGGAGGAGGAGAGACUG